AUGAGUAUCUUAGCUCGUAGUCUUUAUACUUGUCGAUUCUUUGAAAUUGUAAAUCGUGUAUGUUUAAUACAAUCAAUAUCUUGCCUUUCGGAUUCAGCAAAUCCUAUAAAUAAAUCAUUACAUGCAUGUGAUUUUGAAGUAUUUGGAACUGUUCAAGGACAUAUGGAAGGUCAUAAAAUUAAUAUAGAUCAAAUGAAAAAUUGGCUUCAAACAACAGGAAGUCCAAAAUCGAAAAUAAUAAAAACUGAAUUUACAAAUGAAAAAUUGAUUAAAAAAUUAACUGAAAACACAUUUAACAUUAAAAGAUAA